AUGUCUACCGCCGAACUCGCUACCUCUUACGCGGCCCUCAUCCUCGCUGAUGACGGUGUCGAUAUCACUGCCGACAAGCUCCAGUCCAUCAUCAAGGCCGCCAAGAUCGAAGACGUCGAGCCGAUAUGGACAACGCUGUUUGCUAAGGCUCUCGAGGGCAAGGACGUCAAGGAUCUGCUUCUGAACGUCGGCUCAGGCGGCGGUGCUGCGGCGCCCGCCGGUGGUGCUGCCGCUGCUGCUGGCGGCGACGCACCCGCCGCGGAAGAGAAGAAAGAGGAGAAGGAAGAGGGUACUGCACCAGAGAAGGAGGAAUCAGACGAGGACAUGGGCUUCGGUCUCUUCGACUAA